CAUUAUUAGCGCGCUUAUACACUCCUAUGACGCAGAAGGGUAAAAGCACUAUACCACCAGAGUGUCUAGUUGUAGUUGUUUUAGAUGCAACAUAUCGAUUAGAAGACCAUUAUGAAACUAUUUUUGGAACUUAUUUGAGGCCGAUACUAAAACACCUAAAAGCUCCAUACGUGAGGGAACAGGAGGAUAAAGAAAAGAAAGAAAAAGUGCCCGUUUUGAAGUGUGGUCUCGUUACUUUUGGACAUUAUGAACCUUAUUCAACGAUACCUGUAAAAUCUCAUUAUUUUGAAAGUUUUACGCGGUUCGAUGAGCUAAUAUCUGAAAUAGAGUUUUUAAAUGGGGGCAUAUAUGAAAACGCAGUAGCUGAAGGUUUAGUCGCAGCUCUUGAGAUGUUUGAUUUACAUAAAUCACAAAUGGAAUCCGAUGCACCACAACCGAAAAGACAUUGCAUUCUUGUGUCCAAUAGCCAUCCUUGUCCUGAUCCUGUUCAUCGUAAUAUAAGUAGUAAGUACGAUGAAUUUAAUAUUCAACAAAUAGCAGAAGAGAUGCAGAAGGCAAAGCUAGAAAAACUUGUUGAUAAGGUUAAUCAAGAUGUAGAAGUUCAUAAUGCUACCGAGGUCAUAAUUCCUUCACAUGUCGUAAAGUUGGCUAAUUUCAAACUUACAUUCUCGCAACCAAAUGAAGCGGCAUCUGACAAAAAAAGGAAAUGUGAAACUUCAACAUCAACAAAUGACACAAGCAAUAAUGACAAGUCACCAUCAUCAACUUUGACCAGUUCAUCACCCGAAAGUAAAAGAGUUAAACUCGAAAUACCGGACGAACAAUUGCCUAACUCAACAGUUCAACCAUCGCUACCCACAGAGACCUCAUCUAAUCCAAAAGAAUCUAUGACUAUUGCUAAGUCUAUACAACCACCGUCUUCUAAACCAUCUCAAGCAUCUAAUCCUACAAUUCCAAAAGCUUCUCCUGCUUUGCCAUCAAUAAAUAAUAUACAACCACAAAUGACAAUACCACAAGAUGCGCUCGGACAUGCUGCAAAAACACAACCGUCUGUACAAUCAACGACGCCAAUACAAAUUCAACAUCCUCCUCCCGUAGGUACUGCAUCAAUACAACAACAACCUAUACCAAUUCCAGGCACUCAACCCAUGCGACCUCAAAUGCCCAUGGGACCAAGAAUUCCUGCUGCUGCUAUGAAGGCUCAAUUUCAGGCUCAAUGGAAUGCAAUGUCUCCAGAACAACGUAGUCAAUUCAUAACAAUGGCGCAAGCAGCGGCAGCUAAUAAUACUCAAGCUCUACGCCAAAAUGGACAGCUGCUUAGAACACAAGUAGCAAAUAAUACUACGCAACAAAUUUUAAGGCAACAAAAUCAAUUUUUGCAGAAUGAAUUGGCUGCAAGUCAACAAAAUCUUGCCGAUGCUAUAAUGAGAAGUAAGAUGACUCAAUUGGGGCAAAAUAAUUCAGCUACUCGUGUGACCGUCGGAUCGCAAUCUAUAAAUAAUUUUGUGACGUCACCUUCUGCUGACGCACAAUCCAUAAAUUGUUUUGUGACAUCACCCACCGUUGGAGGAACUGUAAACCCACAAACUUUAGGUACUGCAAGUACUAGUUUUUCUGCGCCAACUCUUAAUAUACCAAACAUACCAACAUCGACGCAAGGUGGACAGAUAUCUACAACGACUGUCGGAACAUCUGUAGGGGUCCAAAUUCCCGCAAAAACUAUAGCUUCUACAAAUCCUAGCUCUAGUGCCUCUUCGAGUAGCAAUGGUGCCCAGAUAUUAGUUGCUAGCACAACCGGUACAUCAGUAGGGCAACCUCCAGCAUCAUUAGGAACAAAUAUUAAUCAAGUUCUCCCGAAUAUGCCUCCGAAGGUAAACGCAUUGUGGAGUGGUCAUAUUGCAUGGUCGGCCAAUAGUCAACAGACUGGACUAAAACGCGAGCUUACUUGUCAUGUGACUGCUUUUCCUGGCAAUCAACGAAAAACUGGUCCAUAUUCUAUAAAUGAUUACAUGAGACAGAUUUGGCCUGAUAAAAUGGAAAUCUCCAGUAUAAAUCUUGCGAAAGACUUUAUGAGAGAUGUUGCAGCUGUACAAAAUCCAAAACCUCAUGUUGUUUCGUUUCUACCAACUCCAAACCCCCAAGCUUCUCAAGCAUCCCAAGACAAUCAUAAUACAUUUAUGGUAUUAAUGCGUAUUUUGGAUAGUAAAAAAUUG